AUGGUGUCCCACUCCGAGCCCCCCAAGGAGGACCUUGCUGCCGUUGCCCUCGAGCACAAGAUCGAUGAGGCCAACGCCAUCAUCAACGGCACCACCGAUACCUCCAAGGUCCACGAGCUCGAUGCCUCCAAGCUCGUCGUCACCCUCGCCGACCCCAACGCCCGCCAGGUCCCCGAUGAGGCCGCCGCCAACGCCGGUCUCGAGACCAUCUGCACCGACCACAUGGUCACCGCCUCCUGGAACCACCAGUCCGGCUGGGGCGUCCCCGAGCUCAAGCCCUACGGCCCCAUCUCCCUCAUGCCCACCGCUUCCGUCCUUCACUACGCCACCGAGUGCUUCGAGGGUCUCAAGGUCUUCCGCGGCUUCGAUGGCAAGCUCCGCCUCUUCCGCCCCAACCUGAACGCCAAGCGCCUGCUCAUGUCCACCCUCCGUAUCUCCCUCCCCGGCUUCGACCCCGUCGAGGUUGAGAAGCUCGUCGCCAAGCUCGUCGCCGUCGAUGGCGCCAAGUGGCUCCCCAAGACCCGUCCCGGCUCCUUCCUCUACAUCCGCCCCGCUGUCAUCGGCACCCAGCCCCAGCUCGGCGUCCAGGCUCCCAAGGAGGCCCUCCUCUUCAUCACCGCCUCGUUCAUGCCUCGCAUGGACAGCCCCGCCGGUGGCAUGCGCCUUCACACCAACCCCGAGGAUAUGGUCCGCGCUUGGGUUGGCGGUUUCGGCUACGCCAAGGUCGGUGCCAACUACGGUCCUUCCCUCCUCGCCACCAACGAGGCCAAGGCCCGCGGCUUCCACCAGAUCCUCUGGCUUUACGGCCAGGAGGCUUACUGCACUGAGGCCGGUGCUUCCAACUUCUUCAUCGUCUGGCGCACCAAGGAGGGCAAGCUCCAGCUCAUCACUGCUCCUCUUGACGACAAGCUCAUUCUCGACGGUGUCACCCGCCGCUCCGUUCUCGAGCUCGCCAAGACCCGCCUUGCUGAGGAGGUCGAGGUUGUCGAGCGCCGCUACACCAUCGAUGAGGUCAUCGAGGCUGACAAGGAGGGCCGCAUCGUCGAGGCUUUCGCCGCCGGCACUGCUUUCUUCAUCGCCCCCGUCUCCCAGAUCCACCACCGCGGCACCGACGUCCACAUCCCUCUCGGCGAGAACGACUCCGGCGCCUACACCGCCAAGAUCAAGUCCUGGAUGAAGGACAUCAUGUACGGCAAUGAGCAGCACGAGUGGGGUCUCGUCAUCAACGAGGAGGAUGAGGCUGCCGCUGGCCAGAAGAGGAAGAGAGAGCAGGAUGAUGAGGCCAAGCGCGAGUAA